AUGGAACGCGGUGUUUGCCUGAAAAGCCGAGAAUGCAUGGAGACUUGCGUUUUCAUAAAAGAGAGUUUUGGAGAGGAGGAAGAUUUGUCGAGAUGUCCAGAGUGUGGCGAGUGCGACCAGAGUUUCUUUCUACCAAACGAUAAGUGUUCUGAUGGGAUCGCUACGAACACUCCUCUAAAAACGAAUGGUGAUGUCAAACGAGCAGGAAUCGCCCAGUCCGCACAUCCUUACGGACACAAUCUUAACUGCACUCAUACAAUAGAAGUUCAUUGCGCGCCAAUGAAGUUAACAAUUGUCAAAUUCGAUAUCGAAGACGAAGAUCCAAAGGACAACUACAUCUCUGGAGACUCGAGACAUCACUGCGAAUGGGAUUCGAUUAGACUUAGCUGGAAGGAGAAAGACGGUCAAAACUCAACCUGUUCUCCUGUCUUCUGUGGCGUCGUCAGUCAGCUAGAAGAUUAUGUCUGGGGCCAGGGAACAACCGCUUCGCGAAUGUCAGAUUUUAAGGAUUACGGCGAAAACGAUCCACGUGACUUCGGGUGGAUGGAGCCGGUGUACUUGAAUACCACCAAGGUCGAAAUUGCGCUGCAUUCCGAUAGGUCAAGAUCGAUGUAUGGCUUCAAGAUUCAGUACGAAAGUGGAAAAGAGUGCCUCAAAAAUACCAGCGAUACUGAAUUUCCAUGUAACACUACUGGAAACCAUUCAAAUAUGAUUUGCGAUGAGUCUGGCGUUUGGAAAUGCGACGAAAGGGAUUAUUAUAGAUAUGGAGAUGAGUGCAAAGAGCGGAUGUGGGCAGAAUGGGAAUCUUGGGGUGACUGUUCGGUAGCUAACUCGGCAGCUGGAGUAAAAAUUCGCAAACGAUCCUGUGUCUAUGGAAGUCCUUCUAUUGACUCUAAAAAUUGCCGAAAAUGUAAUAGUUCGGAACCUUUUUCGAAGCUCGUGGGCAAAGAUCGACCAGACUGCGAAUUGGAUUUUCGCAGUUGCAAAGCCGAAGAAACUGGGGCAAAUCUCGAAGAUAAGUCGGAAAUUGGGGUAAUCAGCGCUCUCAAGGAUAACACUAUUUUCUCCAGCAAAAGGACAUUCUCUGAUUCUGAACAAGAAGGCUUGGGGAAAAUAACCAAAAUCACCAUCCACUACUGCGGUACCGACUUUGUCAUGCAAGUGACCAUCACACGAUCGGGGGCAAAUUCACCGAUAUCGAUACCUUCAGAUUCAACAAGAGCUCGCCUCGUUUGCAAAAACGUCUUUCUGCACAGAGCUUCAUAUUCUCGUCGGGAAAACCCAUUUUUCAAUGGCAACGAUGAAGAUAUUUUCUCGAGUAAGAACGUGACGCUCGGUCCGCAUGAUUAUAUUACUGGCCUAAGAACGAAGAGCUUGCUAAUCCAAGAUCGCUUCUCCAUUGCUGAAUCUAUAAACUUCGAAAUUUCGAGUCUUUCGGGUAAAACACGAGUGGAACCGACGGUAGAUGACGAAAAUACAAGCACCCCUCAUUUUAUAACACAACUUACUCGCAUUGGACGCGCUGAACCAAAAGUACGAAUUCUAUAUACUCAAAGCCCAGAUCCAGAACAAUGGCAACUUGGAUUUUUCUCAGCAGCUGCUUCAAGCAACAUGCUCUUGGGAUUAUACGUGAACUGGGUCAAAACAGCUGGGCACUGGACUGAGUGGGGACCUUGCCUCGACUCUCUUGAAAAUCAAGUCAUUUGCAACGGAACCGAUUCAUUCCGAAAACGGCAUAAGAUAGUAGACAACAGUAGAACUCUUACAACCUCCUGCUCAAGCUCAUGUGCCGCCAAUGAGGAAAAAUGCGAUAAACCUUGUAUGGAAUGCAAUCGAAAUAAUUGCCCAAAAGAAGGAACGCUCGCCCUCGCGACUCCUACCAAAAACCCUGCUAAUCCAAAUUUGGGAGUACUCGUUAUCUACAAAAAUGGAACUUUCGGGACAGUGUGUGACGACGAGUUUAAUGAAAGGCCAGCGAAGCUCGCAUGCGACAAACUGGGACUAGGACCGCUGAAAAACUGGUACACCUUUUCAAAGUCAUCUCUCAGGGAUGUCGGCUCAUUUCAUUACAACGGGAGCGAUCAUGCUCUCCACGACAUGGAGAUCCUAGUUGACAACAUAAAUUGCCCCGAGAACGCAACUGUUUGGGAGAACUGUAACUGGAUUGAGCAGCAUAAUUGUGGACACCAAGAAGAUGUCGUUAUUGAAUGCGAGCCAAGAGUUGAUGGAUGGCAACGAUGGUCUGAAUGUGAUAGCGACUGUAACGGCGGCACUAGAAAACGAGAGUUUAAAUGCUACGAGUGCACCGAUUCCUCUUGUUCUCGAGGUUGUCAAGCUCUGCUCGCAAAUUACCAAAAAACUAAUUCGACGAUUCAAAAAGAGCAAUGUAAUACAAAACCGUGUCCGGAAAUCGGUGCAAUUCAACUUGUGACUAUCAAACCGGAUGGAAAAGUAGAAACAGACCCGAAUCUCAACAAAGGCAUUGUCCGAGUUUUCUAUAAGCAUGAAAAUACAACCACUGGCGGCGAAUGGGGAACAGUCUGCGAUGACAAAUUUACGCCAAACGUCGGACGCGUCAUUUGUCGACAGCUCGGUUUCUCUGGUUGGAAAUCGAAUGUUAAUCCCGAACCAGGAUCAGGAAAACUGAGAGGGAAGAUCUGGAUGGAUGAUGUUAUUUGCAACGGAGAUGAAUCAAGACUGGACGAAUGUUAUAAAGGCCAAAGAGUCGGUGGAAGAGGAAACAACUGCGAUCACGAAGAGGACCUUUACAUAGAGUGCGGAGAGAAACAAGCUGCUGAUUGGAGUCCUAUCCAAUCGAUCACGAAAAACGGUUGGACCAUUGCAAAGGCUUCAAGAGUAAGAAAAACUCAUAGCGAAUACAGACUGUAUGACGGUAAUCGCGGCAACCACUUCAAUUGGACUAGCAGCGGCACUUGCUCAGGUGAAGAUGUUGUCCACAUCGUUUCGAAUGACACUAGUGGCAGCUCAGAUGCUCGCUCAUGUGAGGACCAGUGUGUUUGGGCAAACCUAAAUUUCAACAGCUCUUACACGCUCGAUCCAAAAAAGGGUUUCCGUCUAUGGUUUUCGGCUCCUCCUCGAGAUGAUGUCAGCGUGAACGUUUUUGUGAAAGACGAAUCUAGUGAAAAUUUCUUGAGCGAAUCGAAACUUUGUAAGAAUAUCAAACUCGCCGAUUUAGAAGGACAGAACUCUAGCUACUAUGAUGUUGCUUGCGACGGAAUAAGUGAAGAAGUUUACAGUGUAAACAUAACCUCAUCUCAUGAGCUCUGCCUUUACGAAAUUGAAGCAUUCGCAAAAGAAAACACUGUUGAUCCAAAAUGGUCACAAUGGUCUAGUUGGUCUGAAUGUAAACCGGAGUGCGAGAACGAAAUGGGGAAGAGAUAUCAAUAUCGAAAUUGUCUCAAUCGCUGGGCAUAUUCCGGCUCUUGUGGUUAUCAAGCAGAUCGAAAGACGGCAGCCUGCCAUCAUGUGGAUUGUGUCAACGAAUGGGAUGUGAAGCUCACUUGGAAUGGCAAGAAUCGCGCUGAACAUGGCCUCGUUCAAGUGAUGCACAACGGACAAUGGGGAACUAUUUGCAACGAUUCAGUGAACAAAACCCGAGUCUGCGAACUCGUGUGCAAUAAGCUCGGCUGGCAGGACUGCAUGGCUCCGGACAUGGGAUCGUCUUCUCAAGAGCAGCCGAACCUGGACACACCUCACAAAGGCAUCUGGCUAGAUGAUAUGGACUGCGACAAUAGAACUAGAAUCGAAGACUGCACGCAUUUGCCAUGGGGAUCACACAACUGCGGUAGAACAGAAAAUUUAGUCGUCAAAUGUGGAAACCGGAUUCCUGUGCCCGGAGAUGUCUUACUCGGGGAAAAACAAAUCAGAAAUGAUUACAAGAACAAGACUGCUUUUCUUCAAUGGAACACCACAACAAGUCUACCGAUUUGUGGAAUCGAUUACGCUCUUGAAUUAGUUAGAGGUGCUUGUCACACUGAAACAUUCUUUACUGGAAAUGUUCGACUCAUCGAUGCGCCAAAAAACAACACAGGUGGUGUUCUCAUCAGUAAUUGUCCAGAAGGAGGAAUCUUCGACUGCUAUCACUUUGCAAAGAAUGAAAAUUUUAAAGUCAUCAAUAAAUGCUCCAACUACUACGAAAUCACAUGCGGAAAGGUCGACAGAAAGACAAUUGCAACAAAAAGUCUAAUCGAGACUCCAGCUGGUCCAGAUCAACGAGCGCUGUAUGUUCUCAGCAAUACAGCAACUAAAGCAAGCUCGCAAUCGAGCUGCAAAACGUUGAAUAUGACAUUGGCAAUGCCAAAAACUGCUGCAGAAAACAUGAUUCUGAAAACUGUUCUGAUGGCAAGAGGACAUCAGGGAUACGAUUACUGGCUGGGUAUGACCUCGGGAUACAAUGACAAUGGAAAGUGGCGUUUUGAGCAAUGCAGCAGCACUAAUAUCCACGGCUUAUGCUCGACUGUUCCCGGAACUGACUUGACACUGAUUUAUAAAUGUUUCGAUUGCGAUGCAACAGAUCAAAAAUCGGCAAAAAUCUUCUACGACCAAAAGAUCGAAAGCUAUCGCCUGGCCGGAGUAUACUCGCCUCCAGUAGCCGGAAUAUCCGCAGUAACAAUUUUCAUCGCAUUGGUUUUGAUUUCAAGCGCCGUAUACUUUGCGUAUUCAAAAGGAUUAAUCGACAGUGCUCGUCUUCCCAAUGUCUCCUGCAUCAGUGCUGAGGAAGAUAACGAAGCACUCAUUGCUGAUGACAAUGAUGGUGACGACGGAACAUAUGCUAGCCCGAUUAUCAGUCUUCCAGAUCCAAAGAAAAAAGACAAAGAUGUAAAUAAAUCAACUUACACGGCAUUUGAUUCGAAAAUUGGUUACUCUCCUAUGGAAAACGAAGACGACAACGAGUAG